AGCUCAACAGUUUCCUUCAACUUCGUUAUGGCCCGACCCCGCUUCUCAAAUCAUCCUACGGGGGUACAUUCUUUACCUGUUGAACUCCUUACUCGCAUCUUUGUUCUUGGUGCAGGUUUCGAUUACCCAUAUUCCCUCUCUCCCUUCCUCCUCAAACCAGACCAGGACUACCAUCCUGCUCCUUGCUCAAACUUUCAGAUUCUCGUCUCCCAUGUCUGCAGCCAUUGGCGGCGCAUCGCCCUGCGAACCUCGUCUCUCUGGACCACACUCCAUUUCCGCGAACCGUCGCACAUUUCCCGUGCUCAAGCGUAUUUAAACCGCUGUACGACUACCGGCACUCAUCUCCUCGACAUCCUUGUUGACACUGUCGCACAAGAAGAUCACUUACCGGGCGUCACGCUCUGCAAGGACGAGAUCCGUGACGUCUUUGAGGUCAUCAUACCUCAUGUUAGACGUUGGCGUGCCUUUCACCUGAAGAUUCGCGACAAUGAGUGCAAAGGCCAGGCUCGGCAUUACUUAGGCUCAUGUGGACCAGCACCAAGGCUUGAAACGUUACAGCUCUAUCAUUUCGAAGACUACCAGACUCCACAAAACCUUUACUUGGCAACUUACCGCCCUCCCGUAAUCGUCUUCGAUAAUUCCUUACCUCACCUAAAGAACGUCUCCUUAAUCGGUGUUAAUCUUCCCUGGGCAAAAAGUCCAUACCUCAAGAACCUGCAUAAUCUCGAGCUAGCGUUGCACUCGGAUAAUAUUCGACCUCCUUAUGAGUCGUGGGAGAGAAUGCUGCGCAUGAGCCCAGAUUUGCAGAGUCUUUGCUUGCACUACUCUGGUCCAAGAGCAGAAACUGGGGAUCCGUCGUUGAAGUGGUCGAGUACUGAGGAGGUCAUACUCAUGAAAGACCUGCAACAUUUAUCAUUGACAGACCUUGACCCUGAUUACCUCUGCAACUUGAUGCGACGGGUGUCUCUACCUGCCGUCACGAAGAUCAGUCUCGAUCUUCCUGAACAGAAUUUCACGCCUUUCAUUGAGCUUAUGACGAGCUCAACCCUACGAGGAGACGGCACAAUAUCCGCCCUUUCUGACCCGCCGUUGAGUCGAUGCGCUAUUCCAUUCCUCCAAAAGCUGGAAAUAUUAAUCAUUGGGGCGCUUGAAUGUAGUCUGGAGAGCUGGUACGGAUUACUUCGAUCUUUGGAAGGGUUGCGGGUUCUUGAAGCCGAUUUCUCCAAAGUUGGAAGGCGAUUUUGGGACGUUUUGGUCGGAAAGCAUGAAGGUAUUUCGGGUCUUUGA